AUGCCGGAAUCCAAGCUUUUCACACAAAUCCGUGUAGGGACCAUGAACCUCCAGCACCGCAUCGCCAUGGCACCUCUUACCCGACUGCGUGCAGAUGAGAACCACAUACAACUUCCCUUGGCUGUAGAAUACUACACGCAGCGCGCUUCUGUUCCAGGCACACUCUUGAUCGCUGAAGCAACUCUCAUCUCGCCAGCACACGGAGGCAUGUCACACGGUCCAGGGCUAUGGAAUGAGACACAAAUAGCAGGCUGGAAGGCAAUCACUGAUGCCGUCCAUACCAGGGAUUGCAGCAUGAUAUGCCAGCUCGUCGCACCCGGCCGUGCCGCAGACGCCGGAGAACUUGAGAAAGAUGGGUUCGAACUGCUCAGCAGCAGCGCGGUACCCAUGCCCGGGUCUGGCUUCACAGAAAAAGAAGGACAAACACCCACUCCGCGUGCUAUGACCGAGUCAGAGAUUCAGAUUUGUGUUCAGGACUUCGCACAAGCCGCGGCAAAUGCAAUGAAAGCUGGAUUCGAUGGGGUGGAGAUCCACGGCGCCAAUGGAUACCUCGUCGAUCAAUUCCUGCAGGAUAACUGUAACAAGCGCACCGACUCCUGGGGCGGGUCUAUCGAGAACAGAGCGCGAUUCGGCAUCGAGGUCGCAAAAGCUUGCGCGGAUAAAAUUGGCGGUGAGAAAGUUGGCUUCAGGGUCAGCCCUUGGAGUCCGUUCCAGGGCAUGUUGAUGGGCAAUCCGGUUCCUACCUUUUCCUACCUAGUUGAAGAGCUGAAGAAGUUGAAGCUGGGGUAUCUUCACAUCAUUGAGAGCAGAGUGAACAACAACAUCGACUGCGAAAGUUCAGAGUCGAUUGACUUCCUCCUCGACAUCUGGGGCAAGGACAUGCCGGUAUUGCUGGCAGGAGGAUACACGCCGGAGAACGUCUGGGGUGCUGCGGAUAGAAAGUAUGGAAAGUACGAAGCAGUGUUCAUUUUCGGAAGGCACUUUCUUGCGAAUCCAGAUCUGGUGUGGAGGAUCAAAGAAGGGAAGGCAUUGAACGGGUACGAUAGGCGUACUUUUUACGCUCAAGGAAAGACAGAAGAGGAAGGUUAUACGGACUAUCCUUUUGCAGAGAUGUUUAAAAAAGACACUCGAAAUUUCAAGGUCGGUAUAAAUUAG